AAACAGAGUAAGAUUAGAAAACUACGGGGGGGUAACAUAGUCGCAGUUGUUUAUUGUAUAAACGUCUUCCAGCUACAACAGCUACCUUGAAAAGCGAUUAUCAGUAACGUUACCAAGCUAUGCACCUGUCUUAAGUUCCAAGUUUGCUUAUUUGAAGUAAUUUUUAAUUGGUCGUGGACUGACAGCGUGAAGCUAGCAUCAGAAUGGCUCAAUGGGAAAGACUGAGGCAGUUGCCUGCCGUGUACACACAGCAGUUACAUGAGCUCUAUGACAGGGAUGCUUUGCCUAUGGAUGUCCGACACUACCUGUCAGCCUGGAUAGAGAAGCAGGACUGGAAAAGAGCAGCGAGGGACCAUAACUGGGCUGUCGUACUUUUCCAGGUCCUGCUGGAGCAUCUGGAUAUCCAACACAGCCGUUUUGUUCAGGAGGAGUCAUUCUUAAUGCAGCACAAUAUUAGGCGCUAUAAGCAGAACUUCCAGAGGUACCUGGAUGAGCCAUGGGUCCUGGCAAACACAAUUCUUUGGUUUCUACAAAAAGAAAAGGAAAUCCUGGAUAAAGCUGAUCUGCCUGAGCAGGUCCAGUUUUUGUGUAUAGAGCAGCAAAGCAUGGAGACCAGCAGCCAGCAUGACCUUGAGCGUAAAAUGGCUGGUCUCAGGAAUGACAUGCAGUGCAUGGAACAUACAAUGCUAUGUUUGGAGGAGCAGCAGGAUGAGUUUGAUUUCAAAUAUCAGACCUACAAGAUGGAAGCUGUGGUAGAUGAGGCUGUGAAGCGAGAACGAAUUAAAAGUUUUCAGACUCUUAUCAACAAACUGAAUGAAUGCAGAAAGAGCACACUGUGUGAUCUAAAUAAACUCCUGGAUCGGAGUGAGGACCUUAUUUUCAUACUGUUGACCAAGGAGCUGACGGAGUGGCAGAGGAGGCAGCAGAAAGCCUGCAUUGGUGCUCCAGACAGUGUUUGUCUCAACCAGCUAGAGUCGUGGUUCACCUGUGUGGCAGGGUGUCUGUUCCAGUUACGUGAGUUUCUCAAUAAGCUUGACGAGCUAGAAGGGAAGCUGUCCUAUGAAGGGGACCCUGUAAAGGCUCAAAAACCAGCACUGCGAAGGAGAAAUGACAAGCUUCUUAAGGACUUACUUAAAAGUUCCGCUGUGGUUGAGACUCAGCCAUCCAUGCCGCAGGGGAAAGGACCCUUGGUGCUCCGCACAAACGUCCAGUUCUCUGUCAAGACCAGACUUCUGGUGAAGUUCCCCGAGCUGAACCACUCCAUGAAAGUGAACGUGUCUAUGGACAGGGAGGCUCCUCAGAUCAAAGGAUAUAGGCGGUUUAAUGUUCUGGGAACCAAAACCAAGGCCUUGAACAUGACAGAGAGCCAGAGUGGUGGAAUGGUGGCCGAUUUCAGACAUCUUACUCUGAAGGAGCAGAAGUCUGGAGGCGGUGGCAAAGGAGUCAGCGAUAUUUCUCUCAGUGUCACAGAGGAGCUGCACAUCAUCUACUUUGACACUGUCUUUGAGUAUAAAGGCUUUUCAGUUGAACUACAGGCCUCAUCUCUCCCCGUGGUCAUCAUCUCCAACUCCAGUCAGCAGCAGAGCGCUUGGGCAACUGUCCUCUGGUUCAACAUGCUCAGCCAAAACACCAAGGAUGUCAAGUACUUUGCCAACGCUCCUGCAGCCCCUUGGCCACAGUUUGGAGAGAUGUUGAGUUGGCAGUUUCUCUCUGCCACUAAACGAGGUCUGAAUGAUGCUCAGCUGGAGAUGAUUGCACACAGGCUCUUUGGAAAACAGAUGAACUAUGACAACUGCAAGGUUGCUUGGCCAAAAUUCAGCAAGGAAAACACACCCGACACUUUCUGGGUGUGGUUCGAUGGCAUCUUGGUGAUGGUGAAAACUUACCUUGAAGACCUGUGGAGGGAUGGCCUAAUCAUGGGUUUUGUGAGUAAAGGCAAAGAGAAGUCCCUCCUUAAGAAAAAACAGAGAGGCACAUUCUUGUUGCGCUUCAGUGAAAGUGUCAUUGGAGGAAUCACAUUCUCUUGGGUGGAGAUCACCAUGACUGGUGAGCCUGAUGUUAAGACAGUCCAGCCCUUCACCAAAACUGACCUUUCCCAGAUCCCCUUCCAUGAAAUCAUCAGGAAUUUCCAAAUCUUUGAAACAGACAAUGUCCCAGAAAGUCCUCUGCUUUACCUUUAUCCCAACACACCUAGAGACGAGGCUUUCGCAAAAUACUAUUCUGAGAUGAGUGGAGAUAACAGUCCUUACAUAAAGUACAUCAAAACCAAGCUGGUGUUUGUUUCAAAGGAGAACGCACUGGAUGCUAGGUCACCUAUGCACUCUGACAUGGCACAGGGUGAAGGCCUGGAGCCAAUGAAAGGCCUGUUUGGGGAGGCAGUGGAAGCAAGCGGGGAUCAUCAUCCACUGAAUUCACCCCUGGCUUAUCACCCUGAUCCCAUGCUGUCUGGCCCUGUUGCACCCCAAGAAGAAGAUUUACUGCUGUAUCUCAACAACCCCAACCUCUUUGUUGACCCUGACAUCUUGCAAGAUGAGGCCGAUUUUCCUCUUCAAGGAUUAAACUGCCUGCCAAUACAAUCGAUUUCCAAUGAGCCUUUUUGUUUUGGCAUAUAGGUCAAACCACUAUCAUGUAUCCAUCAUACAUCGCCAGCUUUAAUCUAGCUACUUGCAUUACAUCAAUAUCAAAAAUUGUUGCACCAGAUCAGACUAGAGGCAACAUCAUACUUUGAAUACUGUGUUAACCCGAUUUACAUGACAGCCUCUGAAUUGUGCACUUUGGACUUAUCAGAAAUAGGCAAUUUUAAUGUCUUGAUCAAGUCAUUGGGACCAUUUAAACACAGAAAGGAGAGAUUAUAAAAUUAACUGGACUCAUUCACUAGUGUCCCAGGCACCUUAACAUACCCCUUUAUUAGUAUCCAUAGAUAAAAUUUGUUUUUUGAGGGCUGUUGUUUCAAGAUUAGACAUAAAAUGAAUUUCUGUACUGAAAAAAGCUUAUAUAAUGUAUUUUAGAGAAUAUUAAUUAGGCUGCACAUUUAUCAACUAUAUUUUAAUGUCAGAGUCGUUUAAUGGUUGUGUUUCUGUUGAAAACCCUGUGAAGAACUACUUAAAACAUGUAUUUUAUAUUAACCUGCUCCUUUACAAAAAACAAUGGUCUACAUGCUUUCUCAAUAAAGACGAUACAGCUUUG